UGAGCGUUAACUAUGCGUAACAUUUACGCAGAAAAAUAGGCUAGACAAAUAGUGCUAGCAAACCACACCUUAGCAAUUGGACAUAAACAAACGUAUCUCCUUUUGUACUUUUGUGUUCGCAAGGAAACUUUUAUUGGAUAAAAAAAAAUCACGGAGAUAAAGAAUGGCUUCUCGGGGUAAAUCAGAAACAAGUAAACUGAGACAAAACAUGGAAGAACAGUUGGACCGGUUAAUGCAACAACUCCAGGAUUUAGAAGAGUGCAGAGAAGAUCUUGAAGAGGAGGAAUAUGAAGAAACUAAAAAAGAGACUUUAGAACAGUUGAGUGAGUUCAAUGAGUCACUGAAGAAGUUGAUGUCUGGUAACAUGACACUAGUUGAUGAACUUGGAGGAAUGCAGCUGGCAAUACAAGCUGCCAUCAGUCAAGCCUUUAAGACACCAGAAGUUAUUCGUCUGUUUGCCAAGAAGCAGCCAGGGCAGCUGCGGACAAGACUGGCUGAGAUGGACCGUGACGUUAUGGUUGGAAAGCUGCCUCGAGACGUGUACACUCAGCAGAAAGUGGAGAUCCUCACGGCUCUGAGAAAACUUGGCGAGAAGCUUACAACAGAGGAUGAAGCAUUUUUUGCUACAAAUGCCAGUGCAACUCUUAGCCAGUUUGAGAAGGUGACUGCAAGUCUGGGAUCUGAAGAUAAGAUAAUGGCACUGGCCAGUUCUGGAGUUGAGAAGACCCAGACAUAAAGGUUUACACAACGUUUGUUGUGAGUGUGGCCUAUAUGCUGUCUGUGAGUUGUACAGUUUUUUUAACAAUGGUUGUCAUUUCUAAACACAUUAGAACACAUGCCAUCCAUCCAUCUGGUAAAUAACUUAAAACACACAUUCAUCCCAAUGUAUGUACUUGGAAAUAAUCGUAGAGUUAUUUGUAUUGUAUGUAUCCUACAUGUUUUAAGCUUGAUUGUAUAUUCUGAUUUAGAUACAAUGAAAUGUGAUGUUAACAUUUUUGGUUAAAUGUCUUUAAAGGGAUAGUUCACCCAAAAAUGAAAAUACUCUCAUAAUUUACUCACUUCCAUGCCAUCCCAGAUGUGUAUGACUUUCUUUCUUCUGCAGAAUGCAAACAAAGAUUUUUAGAAGAAUAUUUCAGCUCUGUUGGUCCAAACAAUUCAAGUGAAUGGGUACCAAGAUUUUUAAGCUCCAAAAAGCACAUAAAGGCAGCAUAAAAGUAAUCCAUAAGACUCCAUUGUUUAUGGAUAUGAUAGGUGUGGGUGAGAAACAGAUCAAUAUUUAAGUACUUUUUUUACUAUGAUUUCUCCUUUCUGGCCAGUAGGUGGCAAUAUGCAUGAAAAAUGCAAAUCGUGAAAAACAAAAGAAGAAGAACGUGAGGUGAAAGUGGAGAUUGAUAUUAAUCUGUUUCUCACCCACCCACACCUAUCAUAUCGCUUCUGUAGAUAUGGAUUGAACUAGUUGUGUUUUAUGGAUUACUUUGAUCCUGCGUUUGUGCUUUUCGUUGUUUCCAAAUUUUGGUACAGAGCUGAGAAAUUCUUCUAAAAUCUUUAUUUGUGGUGCAUUUUUGGUUGAAAUAUUCCUUUAACAUUUACACACGUUAUAUAUAUAUAAUUCAAAACAUUUUAUAAUUUUAGUUAUUAUUUUUAACCCUCUGGCUGUAUUGCAAUAUAUUAACCUUAUUAUGUCAGCAGUCAAUAACCAUUUUGGUACAAGUAUUUGAUCAUAAAAAUAGACUGUAAUCACUCUGCAUUUUAAUGUUGUUUUUUAUUUUAUUUUUUUUAACCAGUGUGCUUUUUGUAAAUAUUUUGUAUUAGAAUAUAUUUGAUGAUCUAGAUGAUUGCAUCUGAAAAGUUGUCUGUUUACUCUUUUUUUUUUUGUACUCACAAUUGGUAAAGGCUAAAAAAAAACACAGCUUCAAAUCUCUGUGAUCAAACUCAAUUUAAGACUACUGUGAUCUUAGUGUGAAAUAACAUUGUAAGAAAUACAACGGUGCCAAAAGUAUACAGGUAGGCUGUCAACUUAUUACAGCUAUACAUUAGGCCUCUACAUUAGGUCUAAACUAUUCAGCAGCAUUACAAAUGUUAUUGGACUUCAGUGUAGAUACAUUGCAAAUAUUGAAUAUUUUUAGUUCUUAAGCACUAGGUGGCGCUCUGGUCCUAGAAAC